AACAGCUUGUUGAGACGUCGGAGCCCUGGACGAUGGAAAAAGGACACACUUCGCGUCUUAUAAUCUUAUAAUUUUGUUUGUUUGUAUACAAAGGCAAAACAAUACACCUCUUCAAAACACCACCGCAUGUUUAAUCUUUUUAAAGUCUGUUUUUCAGCUCUAAAAAUGGAAGUUUUGUGUUGAAACCUGUAAACAUGAAGAAGAAAGUCAGUCCGUCCCAGCAGUCAAAAGUGAAGGAUAUCAGUUGCACAGAAACACAGGAGACAAUAUGUGAUGGACCAACGGCGUGUGAUGCCAGCAGCGAUGUUGACGUGGCCAAUAAAGAUUCUUCGCAGGAAAAGAAGCAUCUCCAAAUAUCCCAAAGUGAUGCCUGUUUCCUGAAGUUCUUGAACGAAGACCGUCAGAAACUGCCAUCAUUCUGUGACAUGACUCUCAUGGUCAGUGGGAAGAUGUAUCAUGCCCACAAAGUGGUUUUGGCUUUUGGCAGUGGCUAUUUUCAUGCCAAAUUCAGUGAAAACCCCGAAUUGCACCAUGUUACCAUUGAUAACAUAGAGGGCUCCACCUUUGGACACUUGCUCAACUUCCUGUACACAUCUGAAUUUGAAGUUUCAGAGAGCCAGAUUCCUGCUCUGACCGAGGCUGCCUGUUUUCUGGAUAUGAUGGAAGCUGUAAAUCUUUUAUCAAAGUGGGUGACACCAGCUCACGCUGAUGAAGAUAGUGAUGUUCAGCGAGUUCCCCAGGAGACCCCAGAUGUCCCGCAUGUCCAAACUUCAGUAGGAGCCAAGUGCUCCUUUUGCAGUCGCACAUUCUGCUACAAGAAGUCUCUGGAGAAUCACCUGGCCAAGACGCACAGCGCUGGUUGCCAUGUUGAGGAAGAGCAAAACAUGGCUAGCACAUCUGCGGUCACUACCCGCAGAUCUGGCCGUCAGAGGAGGACCCCUGCUAAAUUUGAGAGCCAGGAGAGCGGAAAUGGCCACACCCUGUCUGGAAAACCCAGUCAGAAAACUCCAAAGGAUGACGAUGCUGCCUUUGAGGAGCAGGAGGAAGAGGAUGACGAAAGUGAGGAAGAGCAGCAGAAUGAGCAGGGAGAGCAAAGUAGUAAGGAGGGGCGAGAAGAAACCUCCAGUGCUGUGGAGGUGGAGGAGGCAGAACGUGAAGACGGUGAGAAGCAAGAGGAGGAGCGUGUGGCUGAACUCAGUGAGGCUGGAGAGCAGACUGAGACCCAGAAGGAGGCCGGACCGAGAUCCACUCAUGCUGUCGAGGAGCAAAGCCAAGCGACCGAGGUCACCGCUCAUGUCUUCCCAGAGGGACUGGCUCCCGUUGUGGUCCAGAGCGCUAACAAAAAGACUCUAAAGUGUCCCAAAUGUGACAAGACCUUUGAUCGCAUAGGUAAAUACGAGAGUCACACCAGAGUACACACUGGAGAAAAACCUUUCCAGUGUGACAUCUGUCUUCAGUGCUACUCCACCAAAUCAAACCUCACGGUGCACAAGAAGAAACAUGACAGUGAUACGCCCGUCCAGAGGAAAGAGCACAAAUGUCCCUUCUGCAACAAGCUUCACGCCAGCAGGAAGACUCUCAGCAGACACGUGAAGAGAUUUCACCCUGACCACCUCCAGGAGUUUCUCACUCAGAAGAAGAAGAAGAGUGAAGGCUGGAAAUGUGACAUCUGUCACAAGUCCUUCAGUCGACGUCCCCAUCUGGAGGAGCACAUGAUCUUACAUUCACAGGACAAACCCUUCAAGUGUGCCUACUGUGACGAGUACUUCAAGUCACGAUUUGCCCGGUUGAAGCACCAAGAAAAGUUCCAUUUGGGACCCUUUCCUUGUGACAUCUGUGGCCGUCAGUUUAAUGACACAGGGAACCGCAAACGUCAUAUAGAGUGCACACAUGGGGGGAAGAGGAAAUGGACCUGCUUUCUGUGUGGCAAAUCGGUCCGUGAGAGGACAACCCUCAGAGAGCAUCUGAGGAUCCAUAGCGGGGAAAAACCUCACCUGUGCAGCAUCUGCGGACAAAGUUUCCGUCACGGAAGCUCCUACAGACUUCACCUUCGUGUUCAUCAUGAGGACAAGCGCUAUGAAUGUGAGGAAUGUGGCAAGACCUUCAUUCGCCAUGAUCAUCUAAAGAAACACAAAAAAAUUCAUACAGGCGAGAGAGCGCACCAGUGUGAAGAGUGUGGAAAAUGCUUCCGACGUGCCGAUCACCUGACUGUCCAUUAUAAAAGCAUUCACCUGGGAGAGAAGAUCUGGCGAAGGUAUAAAGCAGUAGUGCAUCAGUGUCAGGUGUGCAAGAAAGAGUUCAGGGGGAAGACCAACCUCAUGUCACAUUUCAGAACGCAUUCAGGUGAGAAACCCCACCGGUGUUUGAUCUGUAACCAGACCUUCCGCAUCAAGAAGACUUUGACCAAACACAUGGUCAUCCACUCAGACGUACGUCCUUUCAACUGCCCGCACUGCAGUGCUACCUUCAAGCGUAAGGACAAGCUGAAGUACCACGUGGACCACGUUCACAGCGCCCGCCUGCUCGACCAGCAACAGCAGAACAUGCCUGUGCCCCCCGCUAGCAAGCUGACCGAGCCGUUGCCGUCAAACCAAACACCCAAACCAUACCACAACACGUCUAAGACUGUGCUGCAGAGUGUGGCGGCUGAUGUCUGCGUUCCCGUCACACUCGUCCCCGUCCAGAUGACUGAGGACACGGUGCACGGGGCGGCACAUGGCGUCCUUCCAGCUGUGAGCCAGCAACCGCAGACAGGCUACCAGUCCGCCACUGACCUAGUGUUCUUAGAGAAGUACACCCUCACGCCUCAGCCCACCAACAUAGUGCACCCGGUGCGGCCGGACCAGAUGCUGGACCCUCGAGAGCAGUCGUACUUGGGCACACUGUUGGGACUGGACUCGGCUUCAUCUGUACAAAAUAUGUCUAGUGCCGAACAUACUCAUUAAUUCGCAGCACGUCAAUGCUAUUACACACAUGUUGUUCUUCACAUGAAUUCCUCUUUGUCUCUUUGUGCUGUUCUUAAAGGCAUUGUUCACUCUAAAAUGCAUUCACUAUUGUAAUUCAAAGCAGAAAAUAGUUUGGAACGACGUGACGGGGAAUA